AUGCUUGCGCGCGGAAAAGAGCUGUCAUACGUCCACAAAUUCACCAAGAAGAUUCUGACAACUCCGGAGCGCGCAUACUUUUGGAAUCGAUUCGGGCCGCCUGAAGAUAUCUCUACGAAGCUUGAUAUCGCGUCUAAUUUCCUUGCUGGCAGGCAAGCCAAGCCAUUCGCAGCCAAAGAGGCUAUUCGCAAAGCAUGCGACCACUUCGAAGACUCGACACGCGGCUUCCAGAGCAUCAUGAUCCUCCCGGUCGCUUUUGCUCCUCGUCAGAAACACCAGUCUGUCCGGCCUCAGGGCUUGAUUCUCGACAGCCCAUACGUCUCCACAAUAGAUGUAGAAGUCCAUACACUCUCUGUAGGGCACAAGUCUUCAUAUAAUGUUGAUGGCCUGGACGGGCAGCUGUGUGAGAUCAGCAUCAGUCAUGACGGCGAUUUCGCAAUAGCCGUCGCGCUCGUGCCUUCUAUGUCCGAGCAGCCGAUGGAUGAAGGGAUUUCUGAAGCAUCGCGCCCAUGA